GCGCGUCCUAUGACGAUUUUCAGUUUUCACAUUACUAAUGUUAGUAUCAGCAUCAGCGGUGAUCGGUACGGAAACUCAGUGCCACAUACCGUCCGUUUUUCGGGUUAAUCCGUUUAUAUCUCCAAUUCUAUUGAUUUAUUAACUCCUUGAUGAUGCCGGAGAUGCCGAAAAUUUUUCACUCUUUCGAUAUUGCCGCUCCCCCACAACACCCUCAUGAAUACUUAAAUGCCGCUUUGAGAGGAGAGUAACACGCUUGAGGCAAAAUGACAUCUGGGACUUCUUCGCCAACACCAACGGAUUCGCCGUCCUUAUCACAACGACCUUUACUCACUGCAAUAACUCCAAUACCGAAGAAAACUGUUGAAUUUGAAACCAUGCCAGCGAAACGGUCCGAUGCUGCAGCCAAGGAUCCGGAAAGUUUGACGUUGCGGCAAAAACGCGGCCGUCUCACACAACCCCGGAUGAGUCUUCUUGGUAGACCGCUCAAUUAUAGAGCUUCACGCCGAGAUGCUCGCUAUCGUCGAAUUCAAAGUCGGGUUUAUAACUUCCUAGAGAGACCUCGGGGGGUCGCUAUCUUCUACCACAUGAUAGUCUUCUUGAUGGUUUUUACAUGUUUAACUUUGAGUGUGUUUUCAACGAUUGAGACUUACGAAGACAUGACUGUUCAAGUCCUAACUUACAUGGAAUCGUUCGUCGUUAUUUGGUUUGCUAUUGAAUUCAGCCUAAGGCUUUGGUCUUCGGGAUGUCGCUCCCGCUACCAAGGCUACAUCGGCCGCCUUAAAUUUCUUAGACGUCCGUUCUGUAUUAUUGAUGUUAUAACAAUUGUGGCUUCCAUUGUUGUUCUGGUUAUGAGGUCUCGCGGUCAAGUUUUAGCGACUAGCGCCCUUCGUGGUUUACGAUUUUUCCAAAUUUUGCGGAUGGUCCGAAUGGACAGACGUGGAGGGACUUGGAAACUGUUGGGCUCAGUCGUGUACGCACAUCGACAAGAACUUAUAACUACGUUAUACAUAGGAUUUUUGGGCUUGAUUUUCGCUUCAUUUUUGGUCUUCCUGGCGGAAAAAGACGUGAACAAAAAUUUCUCCAAUUUUGCACAAGCUUUGUGGUGGGGUGUUAUUACAUUGUGCACUGUUGGCUAUGGGGAUAUGGUUCCGGAAACAUGGCAAGGCAAAAUCAUUGCUUCGUUUUGUGCUUUACUUGGUAUAUCGUUUUUUGCAUUGCCGGCUGGAAUUUUAGGAUCCGGUUUUGCUUUAAAAGUUCAGCAACAACAAAGGCAAAAGCAUAUGAUCAGGAGGAGACAACCAGCCGCAAUGCUAAUUCAGUCGCUUUGGCGAUGUUACGCAGCCGAUGAGCACUCCCUAUCUGUGGCUACGUGGAAAAUACAUCAAGUUCCCUUACCCAGCCCGCCCUCAAUUAAGUUACAAGACAUUGAUAAGGUGACAGAGAAGAUUACGUCUAUUUCUUCCGUUGUACGAGUUUCGAGCAGUUUUAAGCACAAUGCAUCUUUUGUAAGUCGAUUACCGACAAUUCGUCGCCACAAAAGCACUUCACUUCAUUCCCCGUCGAUGCAUAAAGGACCACCAAGAAGUGGUAGGAGUUUCGUGGAUUUAAACGCAUCAGCAGAAAAUUUAGGCGGAGUCAGCAACAACGGAUCGCGGAAUUUGAGCCAUAGCGAGGAUUCGGUUGCAGAGACGAUGCUUUCGAAAAAAAAUUCCGACGAUGAGGACGACGAGCCGAGAUAUAUACAGUUAACGAAUCAGCACAAAGGGGCAAUCCGGGCCAUCCGUAAGAUGAAGUAUUUUGUAGCAAGGCGAAAGUUUAAAGAAGCUUUGAAACCAUACGAUGUCAAAGAUGUGAUAGAACAGUAUUCGGCCGGCCAUGUUGAUUUACUUGGCAGAGUGAAAAACGUUCAAGCUAGAUUAGAUCAAAUCCUAGGGAAACAAGGCUCCAAGGCGAAAGAUGUUUAUGCUUCCAAAAUCAGUUUAGCAUCGCGCGUAGUCAAAGUUGAAAGACAAGUAGAUGACAUAGAGUCUAAGAUUGACCAGCUUUUAGAGCUUUACAUGGAAGACCGUAAACGCUUCCUCUCUCUUCCUUACAUCCAGCCAAGCGCCGAAAAAAACACCACUUCCUCUAGUACAACCGUCAAUCUAUGUUCUUCAAACAUGACAAAUCCGUCGAGUACAAUCCUUAAACCUAAACCAAUACUUGUAGAGAAACAAUCAUCCGAACCAAGUUCGCCAAUCACAAAAAGUUUUAAAGAACAUUCAACGGCCGCAGUAACAAAACGACCAAUGCAUCGCGGAUUUUCCGACCUCGGCAAUCGGAUUAAAAAAAGAGUGACAUUAAGUUCAAUUUCGUCGAAUUAUGUGUGCCCACCGGAUGGCAUGUCCUACGACGGCGAAGUCGUGAUUGUGGUUCCCCCCAUCAACAACACGCCAUCGACAGUUGGUGCUUCGGCACAGGAGCCGGACUUAGGGAGCCCAAAGACAGCCACAGAAAGCUCUGGGGUGAAAAAGUUAACGAGAAAUCGAAAUUGUGAAGAAGAUGAAGACGACGCAGCGGAGAAGCCGUUACUAUGCCGUUCGAAAUCAACAGAAAUACUCAUCACGCCAACGACUUUAGAAACCACCAGAGAAGAAUUUUAUGAUAAUAAAACUAAUCAACAAUCAAAAAACAAAUUUUUAAAAGACGAUGUAUGACAUAAUUUAAAUUUGUUAUUAGUUUAUAUAUUAUGACCGUUAAAUAUUCAAAAUAAUGUAAAUGAUUAUAGAUUUUUGGACCUAAAACUUGCGAAUAUUUUUAACAUGUACUGAACUUAGGGCACAAUAAUGACGCUUAUUAAUAUAAAAAUAUAUUUGAAAAGUUUGUACUUCUUCACUUAGGAUUAAAAUUUGCUGUAGCAUGUUUUAGCUGUGAUUUGUUUCGACGUUUUAUACUGAAACUUUACAGGGACAUUGGCCAAUGCUUGUAGAUUAAUUCAGUUACGUUUCACAAGUGAAUUUUAACGGCAACUUGUACUUACAACGACCACACUAUAAUCCUAACGUUUUUAUAAUAUCAAGUAGAAAAAAACGCCUAACAAACAAUCAACGACUUUAAAAAUGUGCUGCUGAAAUUCACUUUUAAUCAGUAGACUAUACUAUAAAAUUUAGCUAUUUAAAAAUGUACGUAAAAUAAUGUGAUUAAUUUAUAGAUACGACAGUAAUAUUUUUUGACCCGACCCAUUGCCUACUGUUGUUACAAUAAGUAUUUGUUUGCUUAAAAAUGAUGUGGAACAUCUAUACUGUACGGGAUUUUUAAUAAAACAUUUUAGAGACUAA